AGGAAGUUACCGCUUUGCACUCCACCCCGGUAGCAGCUUCGGGGCUGGGGACAGCUUCCUCCGGACGCUCCGCGGGCUUUGCUGCCGCUGCACGGCAGUCCGACGAGAUCAUGGGGUUGCCCAAGGGGCCGGAAGGCCAGGGUCUCCCGGAGGUAGAAACAAGAGAAGAUGAAGAACAAAACGUCAAGUUGACUGAGAUUCUGGAGCUGUUGGUGGCAGCUGGGUAUUUCAGGGCAAGAAUUAAAGGCUUGUCACCUUUUGACAAGGUGGUAGGAGGAAUGACCUGGUGCAUCACCACUUGCAACUUUGAUGUGGAUGUGGAUUUGCUCUUUCAGGAGAACUCUACAAUAGGUCAGAAAAUAGCUCUGUCAGAAAAAAUUGUCUCCGUCCUGCCAAGAAUGAAAUGUCCACACCAGCUGGAGCCCCACCAGAUCCAGGGGAUGGACUUUAUUCACAUAUUUCCUGUUGUCCAGUGGCUGGUGAAGCGAGCUAUAGAAACAAAAGAAGAGAUGGGCGACUACAUCCGUUCCUACUCCAUUUCCCAGUUCCAGAAAACCUACAGUCUCCCUGAGGAUGAUGACUUCGUCAGAAGAAAAGAAAAGGCCAUCAAGACAGUUGUUGACCUCUCGGAUGCUUACAAGCCCCGUCGGAAGUACAGACGCCAGCGGGGAGCAGAGGAGCUGCUGGAUGAAGAAUCACGGGUCCACACGACGCUUUUGGAAUAUGGCAGGAGGUAUGGAUUUAGCCGCCAGAGCAAAGCAGAGAAGGCCGAGGACAAGAAAAUGGCACUUCCCACAGGGCUGUUAGCUGCAGAGAAGGCCGACGCCCGCGAGGAAGAGGAGCUUCAGGCUGCUGAAGAGCAGCGUAUUCAGUCCCUGAUGACCAAGAUGACUGCCAUGGCACGUGAGGAGAGCCGUCUGACCGCUAGCUCCGUGGGCCAGAUCGUGGGCCUCUGCUCUGCCGAGAUCAAGCAGAUUGUGUCUGAGUAUGCAGAGAAGCAGUCUGAGCUAUCAGCUGAAGAAAGUCCAGAAAAAUUAGGAACCUCCCAACUACAUCAUCAUAAAGUCAUUUCCUUGAACAAGCAGAUUCUGCAGAAGACCAAACAACUGGAAGAGCUGCAGGCAAGUCGUACCAACCUACAAGCCAGAUAUGAGGAAAAAAAGAAAACACUGACAGAGCUCAAGAAUUAUGGUGAGAAACUGGACAAGGAACAGGCCGCCCUUGAGAAGGUAGAAGCCAAAGCUGAUCCAAGCAUCCUGCAGAACUUGAGAGCCCUCGUAGCCAUGAAUGAAAAUCUGAAAAGUCAGGAACAGGAGUUUAAAGCACAUUGUCGAGAGGAGAUGGCCCGGCUGCAGCAGGAAAUUGAAAACCUGAAGGCUGAGAGGGCUCCAGGCAGAGAUGAAAAGACCCUCUCUGGGGGAGAGCAGCACGGUGCCCUAACCCCUGCCAUGACGCACAACGAAGACCUAGACAGACGGUACAAUAUGGAGAAGGAGAAGCUUUACAAGAUCCGUUUACUACAGGCUCGAAGAAACCGAGAAAUAGCAAUUUUGCAUCGCAGGAUUGACGAAGUGCCCAGCAGAGCCGAGCUAAUACAGUAUCAGAAGAGAUUUAUCGAACUCUACCGCCAGAUCUCAGCAGUGCACAAAGAAACCAAGCAGUUUUUCACUUUGUAUAACACCCUGGAUGACAAGAAGGUUUAUUUGGAAAAAGAGAUUAGCCUGCUGAACUCAGUUCAUGAGAACUUCUCACAAGCCAUGGCCUCCCCUGCUUCCCGGGACCAGUUUUUACGUCAGAUGGAACAGAUCGUAGAAGGAAUUAAGCAAAGUCGAAUGAAGGCUUCAUGGCGAAGGCACCUCAGUGCUGGCCAGCGAAGGAGGCAGCCCUUGUGCCCGUCCCGCCCGCGAGGUGGCCGGGCACCAGAAGCAUGUUCUCAACAAGGGUUCCAGAUGGAGAAGAAGAAGCAAGAGAACAAAAUGAGAAGAGACCAGUUGAACGACCAGUACUUGGAGCUGUUAGAAAAACAGAGGCUGUACUUUAAGACUGUGAAAGAGUUCAAGGAGGAGGGCCGCAAGAACGAGGUGCUGCUGUCCAAGGUGAAAGCCAAGGCCUCCUGAAAAUUCCCAGGCGACAUCGUACGUCAUUGAUGUCUUUUUCUAAAUGCCGUGUAUCAACUACAAGAUGGUGAAAUGGUUCUGAACGCUGCAGCAAAGAUGCAGGUGUGAUGAUCUCGACACCCUGGAUAUUCCCUUUCUCCUGUCUGCUUCCACUGUUGUCGAUGGAAUCCGAUGGGGCAACCACUGUGGCUUGGAUGACACCCGUCCUCCGCUGAAGAAAUGUGGGCAGCAUUUGUUCUCUGUGUCGAUUCAGCCCUUAUUUCUCCAGUGACAUUGUGCAUAUGAAGGUACCAUGUUUGUCUGGACUCUGAAUAAAGUGAUGUUAAUUGAGCA